UCCAAGAAGGCUUGGCUGGACAAGCACGAUCGGUGCAUCCGAGGCAAAAUACUAGUAGAGUAUGACAGGCAGGCUCUUGACGAGUUACUACUAUGGCCAUACGCUUCUUAAUGUCACGUGCCUAUACAUACUCCCAUUGCGAGUCCUGGACCCAAGGUCCAUUAGUACUCUCGCUUAGGUUUCGCAGGCUCACCAUUGAGGAGUCUCGAAUCUCACCCCUGCGGUCAGCCAAGAAUAUACUAAGACACUCCAAGACUCGCUCAACAUGCCGUAUGGCCCGAAUCUUUACAGCUAGCUAUCUCUCUUUUUGGUCUCUCUCUGUCUCUCUCUGUGUGUGUGUGUGUGUGUGUGUGUGUAUUUCGACUCGGCCUUCAGGGGCCACUUCUUUCGGUGCUGUUUCCCCUUUUGAAAUAUAUCAUUGAAGCACAGGCUUCCUGAAUGCGGUGCCCCUGAUGCUAGUACCCCGACGUUGCCGGCAAGGGCCGUCUCCAUAGUGCGCCUUCUGCAGCCAUUUUUAUCGUCUUGGUAUAGUUCGAAGCAUGUGGAUGGGGCCCGACUGGGGAUGACUGCAUGGUCGGCGGGAUGACUGCCGAAAGGAUGAGUCGCUCAUGAACAAUGCGGCUCCAAGUCACUCUUGUGAUGCUUCCUGAUUUUUGUAUAAAGGCUCACGUCUUCCUCAUGGACUACAGAAAAGUCUUAUUCGAUACCAGCACGCUCUCUACUACGCUCUUUACCUAGUUUCCACUGAGAAUUCGCCAUUGUCUGCCCCCUCUUGUGCGCUCAUUCAAGAUGUACAACUUUGCCAUCAUCUCCGCUGCCCUGUUGGGUAUGACCCAAGCCGUCUCUGCGGCUUGCACGAACCCGACCCAGCGCAAGGCAUGGACGGCGUUGACAGAUGCCGAGAAAUCGAGCUACCUUGAAUCGGAACUCUGCCUGAUGGAUCCUGUCCGGUCACCUUCGAUUUCCAAAUACUCUGGAUCCAAGACUAUCUGGGAAGAUCUGCAGAUCGCUCAUGUGGCUCAGGUCCAGUUCAUUCAUGGCGUGGGUGCGUUUCUUCCAUGGCAUCGCUGGUUCAUGACGGUCCAUGAGAAUCUCCUCCGCGACCACUGCGGCUAUACCGGACCGAUCCCUUACUGGAAUGAGCAGGUGGAUCAAGUGGCAGGACCUCUGACAGAGGCCAGCAUUUGGGGAACCGACCCUACUACCUCAUUCGGCAGUGGCGCCACCGACGCCAACGGCUGCGUUGUCGAUGGACCUUUUACCAAUCUUACCUACGACAUCAACCCGCAGCUUGAAAGGGUCGGCACACAGUGUCUGGCAUACGAUUUGAAACAGGCCCAGUUCGAGCUUAUUGCACAGACCAUUGUCGACACUUGCAAUGCUCUUGGGACCUAUAAGGAGUUUAACACCUGCAUCGGUGGCUCCCCCCACACGUCAGGACACUUCGCCAUUGGAGGAACUAUGGACGACGUGUCCCUCUCUCCGGCAGACCCUCUGUUCUUCAUGCACCACACGAACCUGGACCGUAUCUGGUGGGAGUGGCAGAGCAAGGACGACGCUCGUCUCACAGACAUGGGCGGCGACAAUGUCGCUAAGAGCAACUUCCUGGCCUCAGCACAGCCAAAGAGUCUCCCCGUGUCGGCUUUCUCUCCUUACUUUGAGGACGGUGGCGACGAGACUACCCUGGACCACGUUAUGUGGAUGACUGGGGUUGUUCCCAACAUUACUAUUCGCGAAGUGAUGGACAUCAAGAGCGACGCUGUCUGCAUUGAAUACCUCUGAGGGGUGCAAGUCUGAGCGUCGCGGUUGUCGAUUAAAAAAGGGCAUGGUACCGUUCUCCGCCGCAAAUACCCUAGGAAUACCAUCUUGGGGAGUUGCCUCUAAAUCUGCCUUAGAAUGCAUAUAAUCACCUGAAUAUAAUUAAAUUCUCUAUA